AUGGACGGGUCAAAUCAUGUUUAUAACCCAUUCCUCUGUUCUUAUCUUCCCUUUUACACACCACCACCGACCAUGGCGAACAACAAUGAGCGGCCGCCGGAACGGGAGGCCAAGCGGCCUGGCUGCUGCAUAUCACACUUGUUUCACUACUCGGCAUUAAAAUCGCCGGAUAAAGUCGCCGUUAUACAUGCUUCCGGUGGCGCGAAGUUAAUUUCCCAGCAGCCUCGCAACAAUUACGCCGGUGACUGGCAAACAUCACCGUCUGUUACAGUAAACGAGUCAAUUGAGUCCCAAACAACGCAGCCUGAAUCGUCGUCGUCCUCCCCGCAGCCUCCAGUAUACGAAGGUGACCAGUGCUUCACGUACUCCGAUAUUCACCGUGCAGUCGAUGUUCUUAGUAGUCGGCUGAAGCGCAUUCUUGAUGGGGGUGAUGAUUCUCAGCUCAUCAGACCUGCUCAAUCAGAGAUUUCAAGUUCUACUGGACAGCGUAUUAAGUUUUCGGGGACCAAAUAUAUUCCAAGGAGAAUAGGAAUAUACAUGGAACCCUCUGUGGAGUACAUUGUUGGUGUGCUUUCUGUCCUAAGGUGUGGAGAGGCAUUCAUGCCACUUGAUCCAUCUUGGCCCAAAGAAAGGAUUCUGUCUGUUGUGUCCUCUUCUAGAGCCGAUCUUGUUAUAGGGUGUAAAAUCUCGGGUGAUGAUAAGUAUUUCCACCAGCUUGACAAGUUAAAUUGGCUAGUCUCCAGCGGUCAUUGUCCUGUUCUUUGUAUUUCUAUGACAGAUUUUGUCAUACAACAUGAUGAGUUUUGUGAUCUCCCAUGGCCUUGUCAACCUGAAGUCUCAAGAUUUUUUAGUUAUUUGAUGUACACUUCAGGAUCCACAGGAAAGCCAAAAGGCGUUUGUGGCACUGAAGCAGGUCUUUUGAACCGAUUCUUUUGGAUGCAAGACGUUUAUCCCCUGCGUGGAGAAGAACAUCUAAUUUUCAAGACAUCUACAAGCUUCAUUGACCAUGUGCAAGAAUUCCUAUGUGGCAUGCUUACUAAUAAUACCAUAGUUAUACCUCCAUUCAAUGAACUCAAGGAAAAUAUACUUCUUCUUGUUGACUUCUUGCAGAUGUAUGCUGUGAGCAGGCUUGUGGCUGUUCCAUCACUAAUGAGAACGGUUCUUCUUCCAUUGCAAAGUCCAAAUUACGCAAGACUGCAAAGUAAUUUGAAAGUUCUGGUUUUAAGCGGUGAAGUUUUUCACCUGUCCCUAUGUGAGACUCUGAUGAAGUUACUACCUCAUACUGCUGUUCUGAAUUUAUAUGGUAGUACAGAGGUUUCAGGUGAUUGUACGUAUUUUGAUUGCAAGCAGUUACCAAUGAUUUUGGAUAAUGAGGUUGUUUGCAGCGUUCCGAUUGGGUUACCCCUCUAUAACUGUGAUGUUGUGCUCGUUGGAGAAGAUGCACCCAGAUACGGGGAAAUAUGUGUUCAAGGACUGUGCAAUGCUGCUGGAUACUAUGAUCAUCCUUCCAUUACACCACUUUCUUAUGUCGAAUUGCCUGAAGAAGGCCGCACACAUAGCAACUUUAAACAUCAGUAUUACUUCAAAACCGGUGAUUUUGCUAGACAACUUGAUAGUGGUGUGCUUAUUUUUGUCGGAAGGGAGGACCACACCAUUAAGUUCAAUGGCCAACGAAUUGCUUUAGAAGAGAUAGAGAGAACAUUGAUUGAGCAUCCAGAUAUAGUUAAUGCCGCAGUGGUUUGCCAGAAGAAUCAUGGAGACGUUUCGUAUAUUGAAGCACAUGUGGUGAGAAAGCCAAAGGAAGACUCUAAUGAACAUUUUGAAUCUUUGAUCCGGAGAUGGAUGUUCAACAAACUUCCAGAGGCAGUAGUUCCAAGCCGUGUUAUUUGUGCAAAAUCCUUACCUCUUUCUUCUUCUGGGAAAGUGGACUAUAAUAGGUUGCUUCGGUCCUCAUUUUCAAAGGAACGGUCGGGGCAUACAACUGACGAAUUUCAGGAUCAUGAUCUAUUAAAAGCCAUUACUAAGGUCUUUUGUGAUGCCCUAAUGGUCGAAGAGGUAUCUACUGCUGAUGAUUUCUUUGAUAUUGGUGGUAAUUCAUUAUCCGCAGCAUAUGUUAGUUACAGCUUGGGAAUCAAUAUGAAAUUAUUGUAUGCCUUCCCAACUCCAUUGAAGCUUCAAAUGGCUCUUCAGAGGAAGAUAGAAUUAUCCAGUAGUAAUCUUGAAAUUGGUGCUAAUCUAGAAGUCAAUUCUGGAGCAACACAUGAAAUUUAUGCACACUCCAUGAUUGCUAGCUAUCAUGAAAGGAAGCAUCAAGGAAAAUCAUUUGGAGUAGUUGAUUAUUCAAGCACUGAUUACCAAGCGAAACGCCUCAAAAAGGAUUUGAAUUUGUCUGUUUUCCGAGAGUACGGUAGUUUAAAAGAUAACUGCUUCUGGGAUAGUAACUUUCUUCAUACAGAUUCUUCCUUCAGUCGCUGCAACAAAUCUACACGCGGCAAAGCUGGUACUGAUGAUAGAUUGAGUUUGAUAACCUUGUCUGGACAUGUUCAAAGAGAAAGAAACUUUUAUAUGCAACAAUUGUGGAAAGUGCAUAUGGAGUCUUGUGUUGAUGCAUCACCACUUAUUGUAUGUAAAGGAAGCGAAGUCUUCCUUUUUAUUGGAUCUCAUUCAGGGAAAUUUGUUUGCGUAGAUGCCAAAAGUGGUUCAGUCUUUUGGGAGAUCAAACUAGAAGGAAGGACUGAAUGUUCGGCUGCAGUUGUUGAUAACUUCUCUCAGGUUGUUGUUGGGUGUUAUCAAGGAAACAUUUAUUUUCUAAAUGUAUCAGAUGGCAACAUUUGUUGGAAGUUUCGAACCGGUGGUGAAGUCAAAUCACAGCCAUUGGUGGAUGAACAGAGACAUUUGGUUUGGUGUGGAUCGUAUGACCAAAUUCUAUAUGGUCUUGAUUACAAAGAUCAUUGUUGUACUUAUAAACUUUCUUGUGGGGGCAGUAUAUUUAGUGCACCUGUCGUGGAUCAGAAGCGUAAGAAGCUCUUUGUGGCAUCUACAAGUGGCUUAGUGACAGCAGUUGCAUUAAAGACUUCGUCAUGCAGCAAAUUGUGGAUCCAAGACUUUGAAGCACCUGUAUUUGGAUCUCUUUUGAUCAAUUGUUCUAAUGGAAAUGUUAUUUGCUGCUUGGUAAAUGGUAACGUGGUGGCGGUUGAUACAAACGGAUCCAUUGUUUGGAAAGCAAGUUGUGGUGGGCCAAUCUUUGCUGGACCCAGCAUAUCCAAUGCACUUCCUUCUCAGGUGAUUGUAUGUUGUAGAGACGGAAGCAUAUACUCUUUCGAAAUGGAAAAGGGAGAUUUGCUCUGGCAGCAUGAUGUUGGAUCCCCAAUGACUUCAUCAGCUCAUGUGGAUGAAUUCCUGGAAUUAACUUCUGAUGCCUCUUCUCAGCCGGAUAAAUUAGUCUGCGUCUGCACCAGUUCUGGAGUCAUCCAUGUUCUCCGCAUCAACUCGGAUGCAACGGGAACGAGACAACAGAAUACCAUGGUGCACGAAUUUUCCCGAUUAGAACUAGAGGGAGACAUUUUCUCCUCUCCAGUUAUGAUUGGUGGCAGGGUUUUUGUUGGUUGCCGCGACGAUUAUGUAUAUUGUUUCGGAAUAGAACCCAAUAUAGACCGAACAAAAAUGUAA